AAAGUAAACCAAUGUCAGGGAAGAAUUGCAAUUGUACCACCACUCUCCAAAAAUUGCAGUGGACAAAACGGCUCACAACAGGAGAAGAAACGAGUCGGAAUUACAUCACUCUACAUAAAUAUUUUGCCUAAUUUUGCAGAAAAAUGGCUGCAGAAAUCUCAGAUUUUGGCAUCAACGUUAAACAACGUGUCCAGCACAUCGAAGAGAAGGAAUCCCAUAAAGAGUCCCCUGUGAAGAGUAAUGACGACUUGUUCAACACAGUCAUUUCAACCCUUGACGUCAAAAAAAUCUUCCCCGAUGCCAAACCCGAACAUGUACAUCUGGCCGUCGCUGUCCUUCAAGAUGACGAGGACAAGGUGAAAGAGCUCCUGGACAAAAGAUACACCAAAGUCCUCACCGGGGAAUACGACUGGGCGGCGAUGGUAUUAAUGCUUAUCCUCGCCUUUGCCUCCGAUCUGGCCGCUUCGUACAAAAAUGUUAAGCCCGGCGAGACCUCGGCGUCAGGGGAGUUCGACGCGGUCUACCUUGGCAUCGCCUCCUCCAUAAUUAUCCUCGUGUCACACGCAGAUAAUUACUUUAAGCACUACAAGCUUGCGAUUGACGCCAUGAUUGGGGUUGCCUUUGGACUGCACAGACUAUUAAUUUCGAUCCAGGAAGGACGGCAAGGUUCCACACAUAUCACUCUGUACGACUGGAUGUUUUCAGUUUACGUUGUGUCCAUCUUUUUCGUGGAUAAGAAAUACGUCGGACACACUGCGGCAGCAAUGGUUUGUUUAAAUUUGGUAUUCAAUUGUUUAAUAUUGAAGAUUUUUUACCCUAUCCCACUUAUUGGAAUUGUGUGGGCUUUAAGGAGAGGAAAUUUUGAAUGUGUAGACAAGUAUUUAAAAAACAAUGAGAAUGAGAUGCUAAUAAAAGGGGCGGUAGGCGUGUUUAUGACCGUGCUGUUUGGAUAUAUGCUGCUCAAUUCAGUAAAGUGGGACGUGUGGUUUGGUGUGGAAAGUAAGAAAUGAGUCGGAUGUGAACUUCACAUCGUGAAGUUUAUAUAUAUUUAAGUAGAAUUAUUUUUUUGUGAAUAAAACAAUGUUUUAAACGUG